AUGUCUUCCGCCGCCGAGUCCCACAACGGUGCUGUCGAGAAGGACAUGGGUGGCAUUGCUCCUCAGCAAUCCACUGAUGGUGCUCCCGUUCACCCUCAAUUGACCCACGAGCACGAGGUCGCCCGCGCCGCUGCCCGUUUCGGAUAUGGCCCUCUCGCUCAGGUCAAUACCACUGAGGGUCUCCUUCGUCCAUUCGGUGGUGAGUUCCAGCCUGGUCUGUACAAGCCGGUUGAGGGCCGCAAGUUCGGUAACCCUGCUCCUUUGGGUCUGUGCGCUUUCGCUCUCACCACUUUCGUGUUGAGUGCUAUCAACAUGGGUGCUGCUGAUAUCACUGCGCCUAACAUUGUCGUCGCCUUGGCCUUUGGUUAUGGUGGUCUGGUCCAGCUGCUGGCUGGCAUGUGGGAAAUGGCUGUCGGUAACACCUUUGGUGCCACUGCUCUGUCUUCGUAUGGCGGUUUCUGGCUCUCAUUCGCCAUCGUCUUGACCCCGGGCGGGUUCGAGAUUGCCACAGAAUUAGGUGGUGCAGAUACCAAGAACUUCAACUAUUCCUUCGGUCUCUUCUUGAUGGGCUGGUUCAUCUUCACCACCAUCCUAGUCUUCUGUACCUUGAAGUCAACCGUCGCCUUCUUCCUGCUCUUCUUCUUCCUGGACAUUACCUUCCUCCUGCUCGGUAUCGCCUACCUACAGGGAGGAGGUACUGCUGCCAACCCCAAGAUCGCCAAAGCAGGUGGUCUCUUCGGUCUCCUGGCCGCAUUCGCCGCCUGGUACAACGCUCUGGCCGGUAUCGCCGAUACCAGCAACAGCUUCUUCAUCUGUCCCGUUAUCCACUUCCCCUGGUCCCCCACCGGCCGUAGCCGCCGUCAGAGUCAGAAGACCGACGCGGAGAUGGCAUAA